AGUAUCUGAUAUAAGGCUGAUAUAAGAAGGCCAGAACUUGCAUCAGGUGUAUCUGACUACCCUUAUUCAUACGAUUACUAAGCCAAGCCAAUCCCAGGGUAUCUUGAAAGAAGCAGGGGGCAUGGGAAGUUCAACUUGAGUUGACGAAGGAUUCCCCGUCAAGUCCAUGCUAUUGCCGAGGUUUAGAACGAAUAUUGGAGACUGUUACUUCCAACCCUCAUCUGAUGUCAUCUCCGCAUCCCACUGGCGCCAGCUAUCCCGAUGACCAUAUAUAAUGGCCCUCUUAAAUUACGGGGUGACUUGGGUGCGCAGAUCCCCGGGACCACAACUGCGGCUUGGCCAUAGCAAACCUGAAUACUUACUUACUUACCUGCUCAACAAUCAUGGCGACCUUCGCACUAGCAUCCUGGGCCACGAACCUCACCUACGCCAACCUGACGGCGCCAGUAAUUGACGCGGCAGUGAAGAGCAUCUACAACUGGGCGGGCUGCGCCAUCGGCGGGUUCACGCAAGACGCGCCGCACAUCGCGCUCAACACGACCGUGGCCGCGGGCUUCGGCGGACCCGCAACGUCCAGCAUCCUCGGAAUGAACGGGACCGCCGGCGACGAGGGGAACGGCCUCGCGUUCGCCGACGCGCAGGUCGCCGCCUUCAUUAACGGCAUCGCGUCGCACGUCGACGACUACGACGACACGCACCUGGCGACGGUGAUCCACCCCUCAGGCGUCGUCGCGAGCGCGCUUCUCGCCGUCGCCGAGGCGCGGUCCCGGACGAGCCGCGAGGAGGGCGGCGGCGGUGGUGGUGGUCCGGUAUCCGGGCCCGAGUUCCUGACCGCGUUCGUCGCCGGCGUCGAGGCCGAGCUGCAUCUCGGCCGCUCCGUGUUCCCCGAACACUACGACGUCGGCUGGCACAUCACCAGCACGACGGGGUCUAUCGGCGCCGCCGUCGCCGUGGGCAAGCUGCUGGGCCUGGACACGGCGCGCGCGCAGCACGCCAUCGGCAUCGCGUCCACGCAGGUCGUCGGCAUGCAGGCCUUCUUCGGGUCCAUGACGAAGUCCUUCCACGUCGGCCGGGCGACGCAGUCGGGGCUGCUCGCGGCGCUGCUCGCGCGCGAGGGGUACACCAGCUCGCUGACGGCGCUCGAGGACCGGUACGGAUGGCUGCACGUCGUGUCGACGCGGGAGAACGCGUCGGCGGAGUUCGCGCUGCUGGGCGGCACGUGGGAGAUCGAGGCGAACACGUUCAAGCCUUAUCCCUGCGGCAUCGUCAUGCACCCCGCUAUCGACGGCGCGAUACAGAUCAAUAACGAGACGCUGGCUCAGGGCAAGGCGAUCUCGCUGGAUUCGGUCAAGGCAAUUGAUCUGCGCGUCAACCCCGAGGUUUUGGUCUUGACGGGCCAGACGGAUCCGCAGACGGGGCUCGCGGGAAAGUUUAGCAUAUACCACGCCGCGGCUGUCGGGCUCUUGUACGGACAGGCGACGCCGGCGCAGUUUACGGACGCGGUGGUGCUUAAUUCUACGGUGGUCGGGUUGCGGAAGCUGGUCAAUGUGACGACUGAUGCGGGCGUAGCUGAGGAUGCGGCGUAUGUUAAUGUGACGUUUAGCGACGGGAGCACGACUAGCAAAUACGUCGAGCAUGCGAUUGGCAGCUUGGCGAACCCGCUGACUGUAGAUGAGUUGAAGACAAAGUUUAUGGACCAGGUGACGAAGCAGAUUGGCAAAGCGAGAGCGGAGAAGGCGUAUGCUGCCUUCACGAAUAUUGGUAACAUGACGGAUGUUGGGAAGGUGAGGACGCUGUUCUAGGAUUGGCUGACUGAAGAGGAGAAUUGUAGGUAUUGGUCGUGGUCUUUGUUCGCUGUACCUUGAAGAGUUUUGGAAUAAUGGAUGGACCUUGUUCCAACAAUAGAAAGCCUUUCACCAGAAAACAAUGCAUAAAGCGAUAUUCAAAAGCAUUGUUUUAAAAUAUCACAGACGUAUAUAACCUCAAGGGACCCCUUACGCACCAUAUAGGCCAUUGACUAAGUUCGGAAAUCGAAACUCC